CAAGUUCCUCCCGGGACGCGCCGUAGCCUGAGAACCCCACCCCGUGGGCUUUUCCUGGCUAGUGCUAGCAGGGUCCUUUGCAGACCCUUCAGGGGCGUGGCCUCGGGCGGCUAAGGCGAUCCUGCUGGGCUCCGCCCCGAUCACGUGCGGCCCGCGGCGCGCCCGCCCUCACGCGGUUCCUCGCGGCCACCGUAGAAGGAGUGCGGCAGCCGCAGGGACGGAAGCCGCGAGGCGCCGCCGACCGCGCCUGCGACAGCGUCAGCUCUGCGCGGAACGCCGGCCCAUGGCGGCGGCGGCGGCGGCGGCGGCGAUGGCAGAGCAGGAGGGCGCCCGCAACGGCGCCCGAAACCGUGGUGGCGUCCAGCGCGUGGAGGGCAAGCUGCGUGCCAGCGUCGAAAAGGGCGACUACUACGAGGCGCACCAGAUGUACCGGACCCUCUUCUUCAGGUACAUGUCUCAGAGCAAGCAUGCAGAGGCCCGGGAGCUCAUGUACUCAGGGGCUCUGCUCUUCUUCAGUCAUGGCCAGCAGAACAGUGCAGCUGACCUGUCCAUGCUGGUCCUCGAAUCCCUGGAAAAGGCUGAGGUGGACGUAGCUGACGAGCUUUUGGAAAAUCUGGCUAAAGUGUUCAGUUUGAUGGAUCCAAAUUCUCCUGAGAGGGUGGCUUUUGUGUCCAGAGCCCUGAAGUGGUCCAGUGGAGGUUCUGGGAAACUGGGCCAUCCUCGGCUCCACCAGCUGCUGGCCCUCACGCUGUGGAAAGAGCAAAACUACUGUGAAUCUCGGUAUCACUUUCUGCACUCCACUGAUGGCGAGGGCUGUGCCAACAUGCUGGUCGAGUACUCUACUGCCCGAGGCUUCCGAAGUGAGGUGGACAUGUUUGUGGCUCAGGCUGUGCUACAGUUUCUCUGUUUGAAAAAUAAGAACAGUGCACUAGUGGUCUUUACGACGUACACACAGAAGCACCCAUCCAUCGAGGAUGGGCCGCCCUUCGUCCAACCCCUGCUCAAUUUCAUCUGGUUUCUGCUGCUGGCUGUGGAUGGUGGCAAGCUGGCUGUGUUCACAGUGCUGUGCGAGCAGUACCAGCCGUCCCUGCGGAGGGACCCCAUGUACAACGAGUACCUCGACAGGAUCGGACAACUCUUCUUCGGUGUGCCGCCAAAGCAGACAUCCUCCUAUGGAGGCUUGCUAGGGAACCUGCUGAGCAGCCUCAUGGGCUCCUCAGAGCAGGAAGAAGGGGAAGAGAGCCAGGAUGACAGCAGCCCCAUUGAGCUGGACUGAAGCUGCCUGGCCAGCAUGGGAUGUCCAUGGCCAGCACCGCUGGGACGGAUUCAGUGCCAGGCUGGGCACGAGGCCCCUUACCAGUGGGCUCCUGCUCUGUGGCUGAAGGGGCCGCCUAUGCAGAGUCUGUCCCUAUUUAUGUAUGGUGGUUGAGGGCUGUGUGGCCAGGACCAAGAGCAAGGCCCAGCUCCUGCUGGGCAACCGUGUUCCUUUAGAUCACCCACAAUAAAGCGCAGGCCUUGCUGCAGCACCCCGCUGCCAUCCUUGUCUCUGGUUCCUUGGGGAGGGCUGCAGGGUGACAUAGCAGCCUGGCGUCAGUGACUGGUAACCCUUCUCCUGUGUCCAGUGCAGCCAUGGCAUGCCAGAGGAGUGGUGGCUGCUGCUGUGAGCCACGUAGGAGCCUGAGUCCUGCAGAGGAGAGCAGCUUUCUUGUUUGUUUGAUUUUUGUUUGGACACAGUUUGUUUGUUUUGCAAUCAUGGUGUGCUUCCCAGGGACAGAGCGUGAGCUGUGGUGACUAGGCUCCUUGGAGGUCACAAACAGCUGGCCAGGGUCACGUCCCUUGGUCCAUGGGGCUGUGGCCCCUACUGUAUCUAUGGACUCCUCCAUUCAAGCUGCAGCCCUGCUGGUCCCUUGAGCUCCAUGCUGCUGCUCUGGCGAGGUUUUUAAAGGGUGCCGUAGGUUUUCACGUCCUUCAUGUUGCAGUAUUUAUUUUUACUGGGUGAGGGAUUUUCAACUUAACGUUUUAGGACUUAACCAAAUAACCAGUCCUUGAGUAAGCAACCCCGUUACCACAGAUAAUAUCCACGCUACCAAUCUGAUUAUAAAGGGAGACACUUUAUUUUUUCACAAUUAAAUAAGAAUUGUAGAUUAAUACACCUCUAUCUUGCAUGGGAAGGAGGGAAAUAUGCGUUAUUUACUGUAAAAAAAUGGAAUUUAAAGGAAGGCUUGUGUCACCUUUUGACUAUAAAUAAAUCCUUUCUACUGGA